AUAACCCCUUUCAUCCUUUUUUCAAAAGCAUUGUUGUCUCGACCCGAAGAAAAAAAAAAACCAGUGCAUCUCUUGUUCAGAAAAGUUCCGCAAUUUUUUUGUCUUAUUGGUGAAUCACCAUAGAAACAAAUUAGUUUCAUCACCUGAGGAAUAAAAAUUUAUUAUACGGACUGACACUUAUAAGACAUGUUCAUAUCAUUGGGUUAUCAAACAGGGAAACAAAGACCAUACUGAAUUGGGAGAAAAACGACGAUCCGUAAACUGAAAAAGAAAAAAAAAUUAUGGUUCACCCUGUACCACAACGAUGAGCCCGUUUCCGUCUCCUACGUUUUACCGGGGAUCGUCAAAUGUGCGCACACACACACACACACGCUCACACACAUACCCACACCACCCUGUGUUCCUUCCCAGCGCGGCUGCUGUCCAAGAUAUAUUUAUACACCACUGGAAUAUUGGAUAAGCGCUGA